AUGUUCGGGCUGCUCGGCCUCUGGAGAACCUUCCACAGCGUGGUCUUCUACCUCACGCUGAUCGUGGGCCUUGGGGGACUGGUAGGUAACGGGCUGGUGCUCUGGAACCUCGGCUUCCACAUCAGGAAGGGCCCCUUCUCCGUCUACCUGCUGCACCUGGCUGCCGCCGACUUCCUGUUCCUCUCCUGCCACGUGGGCUUCUCUGUGGCAGAGGCUGUCCUGGGUGCCCAGGACACACUCUACUCCGUGCUCACCUUCCUGUGGUUCGCGGUGGGGCUCUCGCUGCUGGCGGCCUUCAGCGUGGAGCGCUGCCUCUCCGACCUCUUCCCCACCUGCUACCAGGGCUGCCGGCCCAGACACACCUCGGCCAUCCUCUGCGCCCUGGUGUGGGCCCUGACUCUGCCAGCCGUGCUGUUGCCCGCCAACGCCUGCGGCCUGCUGCGCAACAGCAUGCGCCUCCUGGUCUGCCUGAGCUACCAUGUGGCCAGCGUCAUCUGGCUCCUGGUGCUGGUCUGCGUGGCCUGCACGGCUGGCAUGGUCCUCUUUGUCUGGGUGACCUGCUGCUCCACGCGCCCGCGGCCCAGGUUCUACGGCAUCGUCCUGGGCGCGCUGUUCCUGCUCUUCUUCUGUGGCCUGCCCUUGGUCCUCUACUGGAGCCUGCAGCCCCUGCUGAACUUCCUGCCGUUCAUGUUUUCCCCGCUGGCCACACUGCUGGCCUGUGUCAACAGCAGCUCCAAGCCCCUCAUCUACUUGGCGUCGGGCCGGCAGCCCGGGAAGCGGGAGCCACUGCGGCUGGUGCUGCGGAGGGCCCUGGGGGAGGGUGCUGAGCAGGGUGCCAGGGGACAGUCCCUGCCCAUGGGCCUCCUAUAG